CAGCGGAUAACAACAAAGUGUAUCUGGUUGCAAAAGCCCGUAGCGAAGCCGGCGUGGGGCAGAUCAAAUCGCAUACAGGACACAAAACGUAUAGAUUAAACAGAAGUAAAGAGCGGGUUGGAGAGGGACGAAAACCACUAUUCCUCCUAUGUGCAAAAAAGACGCUCGAAUGCACACUACAACAAUAGUGCUGUACAGCCUUUACUUUGAAAAGCACAAGGAAGCAGAGAUAUUCCCACCCCCAUCUCAUUUCUUCGUAGGCAAAGAUGGCGUCUAGUAGCGCUAGUCGACGACGUUCAAGUAGGACGGUCACAUUCGAAAGAAAUUCAAGUGUUCCGGGCAUUCUGACAAAAAUUGCCAAGCAUCUAAGCUGCCAUCCGGAGUAUCACGUCUAUGAUGGUGAGGUGUUCAGCCUACGGCGUAAAGGCUCUGACCCUAGUGAAUUUAACCAUGAGCGUUACCAUCGGCACCAUCGUGCUUCAAAGAGCUUCGCUUCUCCACCUGGCUAUCACAACCAUCCCAGAAGAAAUUCGAACUCUCGCCCACCCGAUGGGUUUGGUCUGGGCACAGUGUUUUGUGUCCGACGAAAAUCGAUGGUCGAAUAUUACAGGGUCCAGGAGUCCGACGGUGGCUUCUUCGAGAAUUUCACCGCUUUGUCAUGGAGACAGGAGAACAGGAGGCUGCAAGUUGCCCGAGAGGAAGAGGUAGGUCGAGAGUUGUCCUCGAUCCCGUGCGAGUUAGACGUGCUCCCACAGGCGGUACAGCAGCCCGAAGUCAAAAUGACGAAGAAGGAACUCGAAGAUUUAUAUGUAGAAGUGCUGUAUACGAUCAAGCACAAACUCGGAGGUGGGGUGUCUUACGCCGAAGCUGAACUCUUUGCAUUUGCCCAAGAUGCCUUCGGCAUGUCAAAUGAGGCGCACCAACGGUUGCUUUCUGUCGCGGCCGAAGAGAAGCCCCCGAUCCCAGUGCUUAACGUCGUCGUCGUAGAGGCUCAGGGACUUGAAGCCAAAGACCCCAAUGGAUAUAGCGAUCCGUACUGCAUGUUGGGUAUCCAACCCGGUAGCGUACUUCAGCAGAUCGCCGAUAGACGCAACAGCUCUGACGAGGAUCAACGGGACGAGCGGGAGAGGAAGUCUAGCACCACCGGGUCUCCUUCAAGAAGUCCGUCGUUGCGAUCCUCAUUUCGUAAUAAACUUGGAGCGUCGUUCAAGCGUCGCGAGCAUCAGCAUCAUAGCCGGAGCAGAAGUAACAGUUUGCAAGACACGCUACCAGCCAAAUUUAUCCGAACGACAACCGUUAAACCGUCUACGCUCAAUCCCAAGUGGAACGAACGAUUUCGAUUAGACAUCGAUGAUAUUCACUCAGAUCGACUACAUCUCGACGUGUGGGACCAUGAUGACGAAUCAUCGGUGUUUGAUGCUGCACGAAAAUUGAAUGAAGUCGCCGGUCUUAAAGGCCUCGGACGUUAUUUUAAACAGAUUGCCCAAUCUGCGAGAUCGGGAUCGAGUACAGACGACUUUUUGGGUUGCGUCAAUGUUCCUCUCGAGGACAUUCCGUCAUCAGGAAUCGACCGGUGGAUUCCUCUUGAAGGACGAACGACCCGUUCUUCGGUGCAGGGCCAGAUAAGGCUGCGACUCUCCCUCGGAACGCGAGAAGACCGCGGCCUUGCGCAGUGUGAAGACAACUGGAAAGAGGUCGUGGAACAUCAUCAGCUACUCGAUAUCUUCAUCCAGCAUACGCUCGCCAAUUACCAGAAAGCUUCGGAAUGGCCCGGUGAAGUAGCCCGUGCCGCGCAGACGAUACUGCAUCAACAUGCGAUUCAGGGUGACCUGAGCGAGCUGCAGCAAAGUCUUUCGCGAUGGGUGGCGAUCUCCAAAAGGCAUCAAAAUCGAAAAGCGCAACCCCUCGACUAUGCUUUACUCCAUUCGCUACUCGAAGACGUUGAUACCAAAUGGGAACAUUCGGAAAAGGCGCUGUCUCGAGACGAGGAAGCAUCGUUGGCGGAGUCGUUCAAUAAUAUGAUCGACCUCUGUCUUCAAGUCAUUGCCAAGCAUCGUUCCAUCAUUCCUGUGGCAAACCUUGAAGCCGAACACAAAAUGGUGCACAUGCUUAAGUGUUUGUCCCUGAUCUAUAAAAUGAAAGCGUUCAAAUGGUGUUGUCCUUUCCGAAAUCAGUUAACCGUAGAGGUGAUCAACGCACUAAAAAAAGGUGCCACGGAAUGGUUCAACGCAACCCUGCAACACCAACAAGAACAUUUAAACGGAUCAGGAUUUACCGAAGAACGUGCCACACUUACGGCACUUUCACUUCUUGUCAACGCCGUUAAUUCCGACAUUCAGCGCGGCGAAAAGUAUCAUAAUCAUCUCUUUGAAACGUUCAUUGGGAUUAACUACAUUGCAACGAACUACAAGCAGUUUGAAAAAAUGAUAUCGGAUGAAGUAGCGAUGCGUCUACAAAAUGAGGUGCAUGACGUUUUGGCCGAAAAGGUAAAAGCAAUCAUCGCUGCCCAAGAGAAUCCGGCGGGACAUACGAUAGUCUUUUCUGGUGGCCCGGGUUCGUCGGACCCCCACGAAGAUGCUGUAGCAACAGGCAUCGCACUGUUCGAGCUCUACAUGGCGCUGCAAGAGUUUGCAAAGUUUCGCCAAGUGCACCAACUCGACGACGGACGCCAGUUGGCCGUUCACCAGUUUCAGCUCUGGUUCACAGACGCAGUGCAAUCAUGGUUUAUAAUCGCUAAAGGAAGAGCGCGAUUGCGGAUUCGAAAGGCGUUAGAAAUUGAUCGGAAGCUGAGAUUUGUCGAUACGAAUGUGCAGUACAGUACAUCAGCCGUUGAUACGACGGCAUGUUUCGGCCAAAUUAAGGAGUUCUGGAAGCAGCUUUCAUGGCCUGAUCCUCGGACAGCAUAUCCUUUCGUGCUUCGCAUCCUCGAGGCAAUCUGUGACGGAUCAAUUUUCUACGGCAACCUGUGCCAUAUGAAACUAACGACAGCCGGAUACUAUGAUGAAGACGGACAGUUUGACGUUACAGAAGAGGUGUGUAUUAUCAUCAACAACAUUGAGCACGUCAGACGGGCACUACGACCUCUACAAGAAGAGUUAGAGUUCGACAAAAUUUUAGCGGCUGUAGAAAAAGUCGAUAGCGAUUUAGCAUCCGAUCGUUGCAGAGCAGCGUUCUACGCAGAGCUGCAUACUGCGGAAGACGAGGUCAUACACAAGAUACUCACGAUCAUCGCUGGUCUUACAGAAAAAAUGCGUCCUGACGUGAAAAAAUUUUUAUUUCAUCUUGCCUGGGCGCCGGAAAAGGUGGCCACUAAAUCUGCACUGGCGCCACUUGUAGAUUACCUUGACACCAAUUUAAAGGUGUUGUACAAUAAUUUGAUGCGUGUGAACUUCUACCGAGUAUUGGAGGCCGUAUGGCGGGUUGUCCUCCAAGAGCUGACCAUAACAGCUCGAAACAAUGUUGGCGAACAGGCUAAUUUCUUUCAACGGCUCUUCACAGCGUUAGGCCAUCUGAUCGAAUUCUUUCACGGAGAUGACAAAGGCCUAUCACUGAAGAGUCUGCACAGCCUUGCCUAUCAGGACCUCGAUCGCCUACUGAAGCUGCAUAAGGCUGACACACAAUACCUUAUCGAGAUGUAUUGCCUACAGCGGCUAGAAGAACAACGGCGCCAAAAUCAAAGCGCUAGUUUUGGUGGUCAAGCGAGUAUCAACCCGUACGGGUACCUCACAGUAAAGACGUUUUAUAAUGCCUCUGGCGAUUGUCUCACUGUUGAUGUAAUGAACGCGCGUGAUCUGUUACCAUUGGACCCGAACGGGUACUCGGAUCCAUUUGUGCUUGUCGAACUGCAGCCCCGCCACCUCUUCCCGAAUUGCCCACAACAUCGUACACGAGUGCAAAAGCGGACUCUCUAUCCUAUAUUUGAUGAAACGUUUGAAUUCUCGGUAACGGUAGACAAAUGCCGACAAGAAGUGGCCCUUAUGUGCUUUACUGUCAUGGAUCACGACAUGAUGACACGCAACGACUUCGAAGGAGAAGCCUUUCUACCCCUUACUCAGAUUCCGGGAGUUAAUGGUGGCGAGAACAUCCGGAACAUCACCCCUAUGGACUUACCACUUCUUCAACCCAAGGAGAAAAACGAAAUCCUCGGCGCACUUGAGGCCCGCCAAUGGGACAGGGACGCCCAAGAGUUUGUAAAACAUCAGAAGCGACGCAAGAUGUAAAAGGCAGAGGAAAUCAUAAGGCAUAUCGGCCUGUGGAUGGCCCAUCAGCGUUUAAGCGAUGAGAUGAUAAAGGUCAAUAUAAGAUGUUCCACACUCCCUGGGCUCCCAGACAGAGAUCUGCUGGGCCAUGGAUAGUGAGUUAAAGAGACAAGAAAAAAAACGAAAAAAAAACUAAGCAUAUCACGGCUUCGAUCGAGCAGAACUUCCUGUUGGAUCGAAUUGCGUGCCACCGAUAUUUGACAUGAAAGUUACGGCAUGCAGGGAGCAGGAAGGUCGGCGUCAUGGUCAACACGGUUACGACACGCAGAUUGGUCCCGAGGAGCUCAGCGUUAAGAAGCUGCCUCGCAUACGCUUCAACUAACCCAACAAGCAAUCUAGAUAGUGCACUCGGCCACUAUACGUCACAAUCCGUACUUUUAUAUGAUGAAACGAAAAAGCCAACAAUGCUCUUCAACUUGGUUGUUUUUCUGUGGCCCAAACCAGCGACGCCACGGGACAAUAAGUGGAGCCGUCAGCACUUCCAUUACGCAUCAGAUAUACAAGGAACGCAUUAGUUUUAACCGAGUGACCAUAUAUUGCUACCUAAAUCCAGUGUUCUGCAAGACCUUCCUCUUGUGUCAGUAACGCAAACAAGGAAAUUUUUAUAUUUGUAACAAAUCAAAAAAUUCUAACAAUUUUUUAAUAGCAAACCGCAUGAACCUAGCUCUUCUCGCUGGUACAACCAUAAUAUACAUUUACAACGAACUACUACCAAGAUUGUCAUUACUACUACUGUAAUCGAAAGAUCCCAGGCUUAGAACAUUUAAGGCUAUGUAAAUAGUCACAAUCAGCAGCCAACUGUAUUUGGAGUAAGAGACAUUGGAAGGAGAAGGAAACGUCCGUGCCGCUAAAUUGCCGCUGAAUCGUGAAAGUCGGAAAACAAUAUUUACGAUUGUCAACUACAAUUGAUCACCGCCAAGGAUGGAUGAUGGAGUGCACAUUGGCUUGGCUGUCCUAUUGUCAAGCCGAAGCAGCAGAUGGCAAAAAUCGGAGUGAGCAGCAACAUGAUUUUCGCCUUGCCGGCGGCAUGAAUCAUUUCGAUGACUACGACCUAAACGAUUGUCAAAAUAAGAGAAUAUCAAUAACCUUUUUCGAACGACACGCUACGAGCGAUAAGAAAGAAUAUUCACAUCAAGCCUCCUUGAUUUGCAGGUAUGACGAUCAUAGAGAAUCCACAACCAUUAAGAUGACAGCAAUUACUGUUAGUUUAUCAACGUAUACGUGAUAAAAGUCCAAGCGAGACCGUUUAAAUAUCGCGCCAUUAUUAAAUUAUUACAACGUUGUUGCCGUCAUCGUUAUUACCAUUACUGACUUUACACGUCAUUAUCAUUAGUACAUAUUGUCCUACAAUGGAAUCGGCAACAACAGGUUAGUGGAAGAAAUAAACUAUUUGUGAAUUCGAUUCAAAAUAAGUUAUAUAUCAUACAAAUUUACGCAGACACAUCACCCUCUUGAACCGGAGCGCAGCUGGUUAACUGAUUAAACUGUACAAUUUCUCUAUUUACUUCCGCCUCAUUAUUAUUAUUCCCUGAUAUGUAAUGUAUGCUUAAUAAAGGCAAUCCUUGUUCGUAACGAGAUUCUUCUAGGCUAAUCGUAGCAGUGUACAUUUGUGUUAGAUUCCCAGUAGAAAUAAUUUACAGUAGAAUAGGGAAGCGCGCGAACGAGGGUGUUUCAAAUAGUGAACGAAAACAUGAUCAACAUUCUGUGUCUUUGUGCGAAAUGCACAGCUUGCAUGAAUGAACUUCUGUAAAAGUUGCAACAAAAUUAGCAAGUUACCAUUGCCAACUCCACUACGUACCUUCCUACGAUGUAAUGGUACGUCUCGAAUAAGCGGUACUUUUACUUCGAACUGAAUUUGCGUUCUAAGGAUUUCAGCAGCUAUCAACUCAUAUAGGCGUGGGCUCAGUUUAACUAACUCAUUUGGCAUAGUCAACAUAGACGACUAGAGGAGGCCCAGCAUUCACAGAUAAAUGAUGUCUUUGUUGGACGAAAACAGGCUUCAAAUCGCACAUAAAUCUACGUGUGUCGGGCAGCAUUCAUUAUUGUAACGACGAAUAAGUAUUAAUUACGUUUUACUUACUUUAAAAUAAAGCUAGACGCCUGCGUCAAGACGUCUUAGAGGCUGUGUCGAAAAAGCUGCACAGUAUCAAUGAAUCAUCCGCUUAACUAAGGUGUGACAAAUUUAGAUUUAUAUAUAUGAGCAAUCCUUCACACACUUCACUGUGAUCAUGUUCUCCCUCAUCUUUGUACGAUAUCUUACGUCUGGGCCAUUGCAAUGAUAUUGCAUCCACGUCCCGUUUCGAAGUAUGUUAAGGAUAUCAAAUAAUACACUUCUCGUCCGGGAUACCGAAUGAUAACGAGUCGCCUAAAUAUGGUUGUCAUCGAAUUGCUUAACUUAGAAUCUGCUUUUCCUUAAAGAUUGUCAUCCGUUAUGUUGCACACGUAUGCUCGAUUGUAGACCACUGUACCAUUAGAAGAACGGUUAUUUUAUCGACGCGGCCCCUUGGUAGCCAAGUCGCUGGUUGAAAGAAACGAAGUGACGCUAUUUUGAGUUCCAUUAACGAGACAUAAACAGCAAACAAUUUGUGUAAAUAACGAAAGUUAUUUAGAUGGCUAUUUUGUCUCUAAGGUGAAUUAGAGUUAAGUUUGAGUGUUCAGCGUGAUGUGCCGCUUAGCGUUUCGACUGCUCGUGGCAAACAAAUUAAAUUACCCAUCUAGAAGUUCCUCUGCGAACAUAAUUUUUCGAUCAUUUAGCAUGAUAUACUGACGGGCAUAUGUAGCUGUUAUACCUGAUGGAACAGCGCCUACAAAUUUUUUGCUAGCUCUCCGACGGUUACAAGAUCGACUAAAAACAAGCCCAUGCUUGCUUGAUGCUUACAACAGAAUUCACAAAAUCCUAUGGAACAGUCCUUCAUAAAAUCGUUUGCAUUUAUUGUGCAUGUUGGGCUCUCGCCCAACAAAAUUCCGAUGAAAACUACCUAUUCACUACAUACUCAUUGUUUUUAGGUAGUGGUAAACUCUUAGAUUUUAAUUAAGUUGCAUUACAACUAUCAUUUAAUCAUUUUAGGAUCGAAAUUUCGGUCCUUCCUUGCACGCAAAUCAUUGCUCUGGUGAUCGUACAUAUACGCAUCUAACUGGUGACUGUAUCAUCAUCUCAAGUAAGAGCUGCGUUGUGAGGUAACUAUUUCAUUGGUUUUAGCGAUGUUACGAUAGCAGACGCUAGGUCAGUUAGUCAUCGUACCUAAUCUAGCUCAACUUGUUUCUAUAUUUAUAUAUAUAACGCACUUAAAUAUAGGUGUUCCUGAUUCUUCUAUCUCCUUGUGUACUUCCUUCCUCCGCCAUACAAAGCUGACCUAUUAUAAUUUUCUCAAAUAUAUUUUACUUUAUCAGAAUUGCUUUCGUUUUUUUUCUGUCCAUACUGUAAAAUUGGAUGAUUAAGUUUCGUCUCUGCCAAACACCUCAGUAAGUGGACAUAACCGCCCGCAAGAAACUAAACGGAUAAUUACACAUAUAUAUAUUAAAACCAAAGUAUAAAAUAACUAAGUAGUGAGCAAGAUCUAUUUGAUGCUAUGAAAACGUCGUAGGAAAAAGAGAAAUACAUGGAGCUUUCUUCUUAGCUCGUUCCAAUCCUAUUUCAUCUAUUAAUGAGUACGAUUCCAUCUUGCUAUGUAAAGACGUAAUCUGAUGCAUGUAUAUUCAUGUACCGCCUACAUUUAUGUAUAAGAAAUACAUAACAUACAUAAAAUUAAAUAAAGCUGUUCAAAGAGAACACGACUAGCAUAAGCGUCUUGCGCGAUGCUUGCUUCCGAACAGAGAAGCCAGAUGAAUAAUGAAACUAAUUGAGCUAUUUAUUAUGUAUUUAAAUGAGGAUUAAGCUUUAUUUAUACCAGGUAGCGAUAAGUUUUUAACCUAAAACAGAUAGUGACAACGAUAGUUUCUUGUUCUUUAGUAGUCUAUCCGAAGCUGCGUUAGAUCUCUGCGUUAUUCACGACCACAGAGCAACCAUAGCGGUAUCAAGUAGUUAAUUCAAUCUAAGCGUGUACAUCUGCAAGCUGUCAAAUUACGUCCAACUACUUAACUGACAGCGAAUAUAUCUCUUUGCACCAUAUUGCACCAUAUAUUGCACCACGCUGUCAAUGGAGUGAUUCUACGAGAUGGAGAGAAGUUUUGUUUGGCACUGCUACCAUAUGGCAAUGAACGAACGACAUACCGCGGUAAAUGACAUAUCGCUUAAAUAUAUGAAGAAUGUCUGUGUGGCCUGCUGACCGUUACUAAGCGGUGAUCCCCUGCAUUUGGUUACUUAUUUUUCACAGUAACCGUCAGGCGCACCCGCUAGCUAAAUAAUGAGUUGAAAAUUGUCUGACGUCACAGUUUUUAUCCACCUUACUAAAGAUCACAGUGCAGCAUUUCUACGGCUCUUUGCCUUUAACAUAUUUACAUUCAACAUGCAUACCUGGCAGUUAUAAUAACCAGCCAAAACCUAAUAAAUGACAAUAGUAAAUAAAUAUGCAACAAGUGAUGAUUAUACCAAUACAUUAAUACAUAAUAGUAAUAAUGAUACUAAUAAAUUGACUAUCUUAACAUUUGGACAGUGAACUCGUUUGUUUUGAU